GAAGCCAUGAACGAUCCCAAUCUGGAGCGAUACUCGACGAUCAUCCUGGACGAAGCGCACGAACGCACACUAGCGACGGACAUCCUGAUGGGUCUGCUCAAGUCCCUUGCGAAGCGCCGUACCGACCUCAAGAUCAUCGUCAUGUCUGCAACUCUUGAUGCCCUCAAGUUCCAAAAGUACUUCUCACUAUCACAAUCCGGGGAGCCAGCUCCAUUGCUCAAGGUCCCUGGACGUAGUCACCCGGUGGAAGUAUUCUAUACACAGGAGCCAGAGCCAGACUACGUGGAGGCGGCGAUCAGGACCGUGCUGAUGAUUCAUCGGGCUGAGAAGCCUGGCGACAUUCUGCUGUUCCUCACUGGGGAGGAGGAGAUUGAGGAUGCUUGCAGGAAAAUCAAGUUGGAAGCAGACGAUUCGAUGAACAAAGACCCUGGCAGCGUCGGUCCGCUGGUGUGCAUCCCUCUGUAUUCGUCUCUCCCGCCGCAGCAGCAGCAGCGCAUUUUCGACCCACCGCCGCCACCUCGGACGCCGGACGGACCCCCUGGCCGCAAGGUUGUCAUAUCAAACAACAUCGCGGAGACAUCGCUCACGAUCGAUGGCAUUGUCUACGUAGUGGACCCGGGCUUUUCGAAGCAAAAGGUGUACAAUUCCCGUAUAAGGGUCGAGUCCUUACUUGUCAGCCCGAUUUCGAAAGCAUCUGCGCAGCAACGAGCUGGAAGGGCGGGGCGGACCAGGCCUGGGAAGUGCUUCCGGCUGUAUACAGAGAAGGAUUUCAUGAAGGAGCUGGAAGAACAAACACAUCCGGAGAUAUUGCGGAGCAACCUGGCCAAUACGGUCUUAGAGCUGGUGAAGCUGGGUAUACAGGACCUUGUGCGAUUCGAUUAUGUUGAUGCGCCGGCACCGGAGACAUUGAUGCGUGCCCUCGAGCUUCUCAACUAUCUGGCCGUACUGGAUGACGAAGGCAGACUGACGCCGCUUGGCGAAGUCAUGGCCGAGUUCCCUCUUGACCCUCAGAUGGCGAAGAUGCUGAUCGUCAGCCCCGAGUUCAACUGCAGCAAUGAGAUCCUCACAAUCGUCGCGAUGCUUUCAGUGCCAAACGUCUGGCUACGUCCGCCUAAUCAGCGGAGAGAAGCCGACGCGGCGAAGGCGCUGCUGACCGUCCCGGACGGCGACCACCUCACAUUGCUGAACGUUUACAACAGCUACGUACAGAAUGCGCAUGACCGAAGUUGGGCGUGGAACAACUACCUCUCGCAACUCGCGCUUGCGCAGGCUGACAACGUGCGCUCGCAGUUGGAGCGGACGAUGGAGCGAUACGAGAUUGCCCUCGUCUCGACCCAAGACCAGCGAAAGCUGUACAUGAACGUGCGACAAGCCCUUGUGUGCGGCUUUUUCAUGCAGGUUGC